AUGGCAGACCCCUUUGCAGAUCUUUUCUCUACCUUCAAAGGCUCUGAAAAGACGAACAUAUGUGACAAGAGGAGUGUGAGCAACAUAAAUGACGCUCAAAAGUCGUCACGAAGCAUGGAUGCUGGCAGAAAUACACCAACAGAAAUAGAUCGAUACUUCAAUUCUAAGCCCGAUGCUGUACAUAGUAGAAACACUAAAGACGAACUAGAUGAAGCUCUGGAUGUUUUCAAUACCCCAGUAAUGCAAAGUCCAGUGGAAAUUACACCCGAACUCUCCGUGGACUCACAAAGAACAGCGGACGUCGUCGAUGAGUUGAAAGAUAUGGAAAUUGCAAAGCUUAUGUCUCUGGGAAUGAGCUUUCGAAAGGCCUUGGACUAUUACGAGCGCGGUAUUCUGUAUGAGCGGGUUUUGGAACAACAGAAACGUAAAAGUACCGCUAAAUCAUCCUCAAACAAUUCUGCAGAAGAGGCAGAUCUAUUUUCUGUGGCCUCCAGCUGGAUCAAUAAAGGACGGACAUUUCUGGACUCAUCUUUCAAAAAGCCAUCUAACCCGGGUGCAGGUUCAUACUCCGGGUACAUUUCAUCUAGAUCAAACUCCAACGCAACUCCGGCUUGGUCCAAGGCAGCAAGCCCGAUCCAGCGCAGCUCUUCGGGAAGUUCACAAAGCGUAAAAAGUUCGAAAUACGCCUCAUGGUAUAGCGACAAAGAGCAUACUUCUGACGAGCCCCAGCUUCCACCUAGACCGUCGGCUGUUCGAAAUACUAAUGAUCUUCAAGAACAAAUCAAUGCUUCGGAUACUGAUGCUUAUUCCAAUUCUUUGGUGGCCUUGGACGCUAAUGUAGAAAAGCAAUUAGAAUCUGAAGUGCUACUGGAUUUUGAAACAUUCUCUCCACCAAAGGUUCCGGCCACUAGUAAUAAUAAUAUCACUUCUAUUGAACUUCACGGUUACCAAGAAUUCAAAGCUAAAGCAUCUGAUUUUUUCGUUGCAGGAGAUUAUGAUCUCGCUCUUCAAAACUAUGAGAAGUCUUUGAACACCUUACCACCUGAGCAUCCGUGGCGAACAGUUUCUUUGUCAAAUAUGAUAGUAUGUCAGCUGAAGCUGGGGCAAUAUCGACAUGCACUUCAGAGUGUAGCCUCUGCUUUAAAUCUGAUACCGCUUGAGAACAUCGAUCAAAAAAUCCCUGACCUGAUUCCUGCUAAAACAUUCAAAGAGAUAUGGUCCAAAAUCACCAUUAACAAGGCGGAAGCCUUAGAAAGGAUCGAAGAUUAUGCAAAUGCACUUGCGACAUAUCAGCUCCUAAUCACCAAGGGUUUCACUUCGGACAAAAUAUUAGAAGCUAGGAGACGCUGCCAGAGAGUCGUAGCGCCUCAGAAAUUCACUCCUUCUAAAACAAAAGCAUCUGUCAGGCCAGUAAAGUCUGAGAAGCCAGCGCCAAUUGAUAAGACAUCAGAAAACUCCAAGUUUGUACAGGCUCAAAACAAGCAAGCUCGCGAAUUAGAACAGCAAAGAUUUCUACUUCAUGACGAUGUUCAACGGCGUGUGGCAGUAUGGUCUGAAGGCAAUGAAAACAAUUUGCGCGAGCUACUCGCUCGCUUGCAUCUUAUUUUGGAUUGGUGUGAUUGGAGACAAGUGCCCUCUUCCGCAUUGGUCAUGCCCAAGAAAGUCAAAUUUAACUACCUGAAAGCCGCGGCCAAAACACAUCCAGAUAAAAUUCAACUGUCGUGGCCUCUAGAACAACAAAUGAUUGCUGAGAACAUAUUUAUUAUCCUCAGUAAAGCAUGGGAAAGUUUUCAAGAGCAAAAUAAAAUUACAUGA